AUGGCUAAAAGUUUUGGUGAUUGUUUUUGUGUUAGUUACUAUGGAUUAGUUUGUGUUUUGUUUGGCGUAGUUAAUUGUGUACAAAUAUUAAGUAAAAAUGAAAGCAUUCUACAAGAAAGUGAAACAAUAUUCGACCCAAACGAAAAUGUCGCCCUUUACUGUGCCGGAACCUUUCCGGUUUCAUGGAAAUUACCGGAAAGUGCAUUUCCGGAAAAGGAAUACACCAUAAAAACGCUAACAAACGUGACCCUCCCAAACUAUGAGCAUGUCAUUAAGUUGGAAAUACAAAAUAUUUCCUAUACAGAUGUGGGCGAGUACAUUUGUAAAGAUAACACGUGGACCAAUGGAGAUAUGAAAUCUGUAUACAUAUAUGUUAAUGAUGAAGAAAAACUAUCUGUAAACAAGGAAGACUUUCACCACAUAAAUGUAAUUUUAACCAACGAAAAAUCAAAGGUUACAUUUCCCUGUAAACCAAGUCAUCCUGACGUAGUCGUUGAAUUGUACGAAUAUUCCCCUGGAGAUAUAAAUGCAGAUUAUGACCCUAAGAAGGGCUUCACCUACAUGGUGGAUGCAAUACAAGCCCAGGGAAGUUACACUUGCAAAUAUACAAGAGGAUCAAACGAGAUUGAAGAGUUUUAUACUAUGGCUACUAUAAGUUCAGACGUCAAAAUACCAAGAAUUUUCGAGGUAAACCAAGCCCAUAACAUCAUUGGAAACUCCUUAUCAGUGGUAUGCAACUCAUCUUCAAAAGAUGUAAAUAUAACUUGGAUUACACCGAAUAGGAGAUUUGAUGAGACCAGAAUGACUAGGAUUAAAUAUAAUGAUAGGGACUAUCUUAUAUUAAGGUUAGACAUAAACCCUACUGUGUCUGAAGAUAAUGGUACCUAUAUUUGCAAUGUUGCCAAUGAGUAUGAUUCGAAAAAUAAUAGUUUGGAUGUUAAAUUACGCGGGCCCAAUGAACAUUUCUUAACCCUGACUCAAGAAUACCUAAAACAAAAUGAUAAUAAUAAUGUUCUCCAAUGGAAAGUCAGGGUUGGUGGACACCCCCAUCCACGUGUAUACUGGUUCAACGACAAACAUCAAGCUCUCCCUGCGAAAUACCACACCUCAUUCUCCGAUAACGAUCUCUUCGCCUACUUGGACAUAAGAGACCUGAACUACCUGGACUACGGUAACGUAACCAUCGAAGCAGCGAAUAAAUACGACACAAAAUCCCUCACUCUAUUCGUUAAUGUUACCGACAAACCCGAAGUCAAAUUGAACAAGAAAGAUUUUUACUACGUCAACUCAGAUUGUACGAUUGAAUGUUUAGUUACAUCAAAUCCGCCACCUAGGAUAAGUUGGCUUGUUAAGAGAUGUGGGACUUGUAAAUACGAGAGAGUUAAUGGAACCACGAAGAACUUUAGGAAUAUAAAAUAUAGUUCUACUAUAACAAUACAAAGUUUUGAAUCUGGAAUAGUGAAAUGUAUUGCUAGCAACAGUGUUGGUACUAUGGAACAUGAAGCACCCUUUUUCGUAUCUGAUAUUGAAAACGGUUUUAACAUAUUCGAUUUCGACAUGGAAAUGAACGUUUUUAAAUCGCUAGCGGAAAUAGCUUUAGGGGAAACCCUCACAAUGACUUGUGGCGUUUCUAACACAAACAAUUCCGAAGUGGACUGGUUCUGGAAUGGCAACCUACUUGAAAAUAAUGAAAAUAUUGCUAUAGUUCGUAAUGGUACAAAGUUUAGCAAUCUAGCUAAACUGGUUGUUAACGAUAUCGACUACAAGAACAGUGGAAAUUACAGCUGCAAAACAAGGGACAAUAAGCUGUACAAAAGCGUUAAAGUUCAAGUUUUAAAACCCAGUGCGCCGCAUUUCAGGAAACCAACGGACGAAACAAUCAAAAUUCUUAUACCACAACCAAUCAACAUAUCUUGUGAUGUCCAGGGUUUACCAAGACCGUACAUAACAUGGCUGAAAAACUCCAAGCCCCUGCAGAUGAAAAAAGACCACGUCAUUCUGGAAAAUGAAGGGCUGACUCUGCGUUUAAUCAAUACGGAUGUGAGUGAUGAAGCAAGUUACACCUGCGUUGCGAACAAUAAGGUUGGAAAGUCCAUGCAAACAACAAUAAUACAGAUUAAAAAUAAACCUGGAAGUCCCAUGUAUCUAUACUUCAUCAUCGCCAUAAUUUUGGUUGCUGCGGUAGUACUGGCAGCUUUCCUCUUAUAUCACAUCAGAAAAGAAAAGAAACUGCAAGAAGAGUUGAAACUGGCAGGUUUGGCCAACUUCGAAAAAGGCCAGACCGAAAUAAUAAACCCUGAGCUAGGUGUUGAUGAGCAAGCCGAUUUGCUGCCGUACGACAAAAAAUGGGAAUUUCCCAUAGAAAACCUCACCUUGGGUAAACAGUUGGGAUCUGGUGCUUUCGGGGUGGUUCUUAAAGCGGAAGCGAAAAAUAUCAUGAUGCAUGAAGAUAAGACUACAGUUGCCGUUAAAAUGGUCAAGAAAAAUGCUGAUAACGCCCUCAUAAAGGCUUUAGCGUCCGAGUUGAAGAUUAUGGUGCAUUUGGGACAGCAUUUGAACGUCGUCAACCUGCUAGGUGCUGUUACGAAGAACGUGGCAAAAAGGGAACUCAUGGUGAUGGUGGAAUACUGCAAGUUUGGCAACCUCCAAAACUACUUGCUCAAGCACAGGAACAACUUUGUGAACCAACUAGAUCACCACGGCUCUAUAGAUUACUCCGUUGGUUCGGAUAUUUUAGACGGAAGUAAAAAUAGACAUAAUAGGCGAACAAGGUAUGCAGAACUAAUUUUUAAUGAUAGAAGUUCGAACAGCAACCCAAGGGUGUCGAAAAGUAUGGCGGAUUAUAGAGGCAAUGAUUCGAGUUAUGGAGAGUGUCAAACUGGAGCCACUGAAAUGACCACCAUAUCCAACUCUGAAGGUUAUGUAUCGAGAGCUUACUCAAGAGCCAGCAGUGUACAACCAGGCUGGAGGUCAAACUACAAGGGAGACUAUAAUGACAGAGGAAAACCUGUUUGCACUAGGGACCUUAUAUCGUAUUGUUUCCAAAUCACCAGAGGAAUGGGUUAUUUGGCAUCCAGAAAGGUUUUACAUGGUGAUCUGGCAGCUAGAAACGUUUUAUUAGCGGAAAAUAAUGUGGUGAAAAUAUGUGAUUUUGGACUGGCCAAAAGCAUGUACAACAACGAAAACUACAAAAAGAAAAGUGAUGGACCUCUACCGUUGAAAUGGAUGGCUAUAGAAUCCAUAAUGGACAAAAUCUUUUCCACGCAAUCAGACGUUUGGUCUUUUGGUGUAACCGCAUGGGAAAUCUUUAGCUUGUCUAGAACUCCUUAUCCAGGAAUGGACGCGGAUGAAAGAUUGUUCUACAAACUCCUUAAUGGUUAUAGAAUGGAAAAACCCGAAUAUGCAUCUAAAGAAAUAUAUGAAAUUAUGAUGGAUUGCUGGGCUCCAAGAGCUAUUGAAAGACCUUCGUUUGAGCAGUUAGAGCAAAGAUUUGGUGAUAUUUUAGAGGAAACAACCAAAAUGCAAUACAUUGCAUUAAACGACCCUUACAUGCAGAUGAACACCAACCAAUUCCAAGAAGGUCAAAGUGAUUAUUUAGCCAUGAUGAAUUCACCCACUUUCGAAAACUUAUCGUCACCAAAUGUCUUCAACCAAUCCGAAGGUGGUGAUGGAUACCUGACACCGACAAAAAUCAAAGACGUAAUUUUUGAUUUUAACGUAAACAGACCCAACGAGGCAAGCGGUUUGGAGCUACAACCAAUGCUACAUCCUCAUAUGGAGUCUGAUAGUGAGACGCCAGCGCAAAGUCCAAACCCAAACAGUGUUACCAAUCCAUCAUACAAUAAUCUACCAGUCGUUAGUUAUGGGUCUGAACAAAAUAAAAACAAGGACUGGGUUGAGAAACCCUAUGUAAAUCAUAGUGUUAUUGUUUAA